AUGGUUGACGAUAGCGAUCCGGAGGCGCAGGUUGGGUCUGCCAGCGCUCACCAGUCACAACGGAGGGCCCAUGGAACCAAUGGGUCCGGAUUUCCGCCCCCGUCGCCAACAGCGCAACAACCUUGGACAGAUCAUAACGCCAACGCCGAUAAGACUCGGAGUUGGACCGGCAAGUUUAGCUCACUCAAGACUUUUAGGAACAGCACAAAUGGCGAAUCGAGCAGGCCUCAUCCGCCAAUAAGGUCCCGCGUGAGGCCGCCGUCAUCACGGGGGUGGUCCAAGCCAGAGAAUGGUGGAGCAGUAAUCUUCACGGGACAUGUAGUCCUCAUCAUCUUCGAGGUCAUUGCAAUUGUCAUCUCCUCACAGAGCCUUCAACGAGUCAAGAAGUUUCCGGGACUGGUUCAGAGGGCCGACUUUGUCUCCAUGAUAUCGCUGAUAUCCAUGUGCGUCGAGGUUGGCGCUUGGAUCAUCGUCACCUUGGUGGCGUGCUCUUGGUUUGGGAUGGCUCUCUCCGUUGGGUUUGCUGCCCUCCUCUGUCUCAACGCCACCGCGACGGGAUCAUAUCUCAUUUUUGCGAUGAAGGCCAAUCUAGACAAGGCUCUCUGCAAUGAAUACGGUGAGCAGUCGGCGGAGUGCUGGACUGGACUGAGGAUGGGCAUGGCGGUGGGCGUGUUCCGGGUGUUGUUGCUACCAGUCGGCAUUGCGACUGUGACUGGGUACUACAUGCGAAGGAGGUCGAAGAAACAUGAGGGAUGA